GGGCACACAGCCUCCCCGUUCCUAAUCCCUCCUUCCAUGGCAGAGGGCACAGAAGUGCAUCACUUGGCAUAGGAGUGGAGGUCAGCAGUGCCACUUGCCAACUGCCUAAAAAAAAAAAGACCAGGGAUGCCAAGAUGAAGUAGUGGAAUCCAAAGGGAGGUAUCAUCAGGAGGAAUCAAUGAGGGAUCUGUGACAAAGGAGGCCUUGGGGGCAUAGAAAGAUGAAACCUGGAAGAGCAACACCUCCUGAGAGGGAAGUAACAACAGUGGAGCCAGACUCUAAGUCUCUGUCUAGGCCUGACUGGGAACCUAAGCCACACCAGACACCUAUCACUCAGCCAGAGCCUGAGCCAAAAGUGACAGCCACAGCCCAGGCAGUAUCUAAGACUCAUCAGGGACCCAAUACUCAACAGGAACCCACUCUGCAGCAAAGACCCCUCACUCAGCAGGAGCCUCUUGCCCAACAUGACGCUGAAUCCCAGCAGGAACCUAGCACCCACCAAAAUUCAGCUUUGCAGAAGGAACUUCUUGCCCCACAGGAGCCUGCACCACAGCAAUCACCUCCCAUCCACCAGGUGCCCUUUUCUCAACAGGAAGUUGCCUCACAGCAGGCACCUGGGUCAGGAAAAGAGCCUGAAACUCAAUGGGAACCAGAACUGAGAGAGGCAAAGGUUGCCCAGCCAGGACCUGGCCCAGAGCAGAAACCUCCAGCUAAGCAAAAAGAUGGAACAACACCUCCAAUCCAGCCUAGACCCAAGAUUAGAUCACCUGCUCAGAUUGAAUCUAUAUCCCAAGAGAGAAUGGGACAUUCAGACCCUAAAGCCCAGCAAACAGAUCCAGCUCAAGGAGCCAAAUCCCAGCAAAGAUCUCCGAUCGAGUGGGGAUUUCUAUCAAAACUGCACCAGCUAUCCACACAGGGGCCAGCUUCAGAGUGGAGGACAUUGUUUGAGUGGGUCACAGAUUCUGACUCAGAAUCAGAUCUGAGGUCUCCAUUAAAGAGCAAUUUUCCAGCCAAGAGGAGUGGAACAGUGGCCCAGGGAAUGAAGCUGGCCUCCAAGGGGAAACAUGAAGUGGCAUUGGGACACGGUGGGACAACGGCACACGGGAAGAAAACUGGCAGCCAGAGUCAAAGACACUACAGGGACACCGGUGAGUCUGAGGCCAGAGGAACGGGAGCCUUCCAGGGACAGUCAUUUAUUCAGUUGGGAGGAGCCUCGCGGCUCACACAAAACAUGGACCUGCGCACGAUGACACAGUCGCUGGUGACUCUGGCAGAAGACAACAUGGCCUUCUUCUCGAGCCAGGGCCCUGGGGAGACCGCACGACGACUGUCCGGCGUCUUUGCGGGUAUUCGGGAGCAAGCGCUGGGACUGGAGCCAGCCCUGGGCCGCCUGCUGAGCGUGGCGCACCUCUUCGACCUGGACGCAGAGACGCCGGCCAAUGGGUACCGCAGCCUGGUGCACACAGCCCGCUGCUGCCUGGCACACCUGCUACACAAAUCCCGCUACGUGGCCUCCAACCGCCGGAGCAUCUUCUUCCGCACCAGCCACAACCUGGCGGAACUCGAGGCCUACCUGGUCGCCCUCACCCAGCUCCGUGCCCUAGCCUACUACGCCCAGCGCCUGCUUGCCACCAACCGGCCUGGGGGGCUCUUCUUCGAGGGCGACGAGGGGCUCAUUGCUGAAUUCCUGCGCGAGUAUGUCACUCUGCACAAAGGCUGCUUCUAUGGUCGCUGUCUGGGCUUCCAGUUCACACCGGCCAUCCGGCCAUUCCUGCAGACCAUCUCCAUCGGGCUGGUGUCCUUCGGGGAGCACUAUAAGCGCAAUGAAACAGGCCUUGGUGUGACCGCCAGCUCCCUCUUCACCAGCGGCCGGUUUGCCAUUGACCCAGAGCUGCGUGGGGCUGAGUUUGAGCGGAUCAUACAGAACCUAGAUGUGCACUUCUGGAAAGCCUUCUGGAAUAUCACCGAGAUUGAGGUGCUGUCGUCUCUAGCAAACAUGGCAUCAGCCACCGUGAGAGUAAGCCGCCUGCUCAGUCUGCCACCAGAGGCCUUUGAAAUGCCAUUGACUGCGGACCCCAAGCUCACAGUCACCAUCUCACCUCCACUGGCCCACAGUGGCCCGGGGCCGGUCCUUGUCAGGCUCAUCUCCUAUGACCUGCGUGAAGGACAGGACAGUGAGGAGCUCAGCAGCCUGGUGAAGUCCGAGGGGCCCCGGAGCCUGGAGCUGCGGCCACGCCCACAGCAGGCACCCCGCUCACAGUCCCUGGUGGUGCACAUCCAUGGUGGUGGCUUUGUGGCCCAGACCUCCAAAUCCCAUGAGCCCUACCUCAAGAGCUGGGCCCAGGAGCUGGGUGUCCCCAUCGUCUCCAUCGACUACUCCCUGGCCCCUGAGGCCCCCUUCCCCCGCGCACUGGAGGAGUGCUUCUACGCUUACUGCUGGGCUGUCAAGCACUGUGCCCUCCUCGGCUCGACAGGGGAACGGAUAUGCCUCGCAGGAGACAGUGCAGGUGGGAACCUCUGCUUCACCGUGUCCCUUCGGGCAGCAGCCUAUGGGGUGAGGGUGCCAGAUGGCAUCAUGGCAGCUUACCCGGCUACGAUGCUACAAUCUACCGCCUCACCCUCCCGCCUUCUGAGCCUCAUGGACCCACUGCUGCCCCUCAGCGUGCUCACCAAAUGUGUCAGCGCCUAUGCUGGUGGAGAGACAGAGGACCGCUCUGACUCAGACCAGAAGGCACUGGGCAUGAUGGGGCUGGUGCGGCGGGACACAGCCCUGCUCUUCCGAGACCUCCGCCUGGGUGCCUCCUCAUGGCUCCACUCAUUCUUGGACCUGAGUGGGCACAAGUCCCAUACGAAUUCAGUGCCCACGGCAGAGCCGAUGCGUCGCAGCGUGUCUGAGGCAGCCCUGGCCCAGCCUGAGGGCCUGCUGGGCACAGACUCCCUCAAGAGCCUGACACUCCAUGACCUGAGCCUAAAGGGCAGCUCUGACACAUCAGAGACCCCUGAGCUGUCGCUGUCUGCGGAGACACUGGGCUCCUCCACACCCUCCAACGUCAACUUCUUAGUUGGCCCAGAGGAGGCCCCCGAAGAAGCCGCCAAGACGCAGGAGUUGAGCGCCAAGGACAGAGGCUGUGGCGCGCGAGCCGCCUUCCCUGAGGGUUUCCACCCCAGGCGCUCCAGCCAGGGCUGCACUUGGAUGCCCGUCUGCUCCUCGCCCAUCGUCAAGAACCCCUUCAUGUCGCCGCUGCUGGCGUCUGACAGCAUGCUACAGAGCCUGCCGCCCGUGCACAUUGUGGCGUGCGCGCUGGACCCCAUGCUGGACGACUCGGUCAUGUUCGCGCGGCGGCUGCGCGGCCUGGGCAAGCCGGUGACGCUGCGCGUGGUGGAGGACCUGCCGCACGGCUUCCUGAGCCUGGCCGCGCUGUGCCGGGAGACGCGACACGCCGCCGCGCUGUGCGUGGAGCGCAUCCGUCUGGUCCUCACCCAGCCCGCCGCGCCCUCCUCACCGCCCCUCUGAGCCCCAAGCCCGAGCCGCGCCGCGCGGGGGAUGGGGCUGCGGGGGGCGGCACUAAAGGCCUCUUGUUCCCUCCGAGCCGGCCUCCGUGAUGAAUGCGCCCCGGGGUGGGCGGCGGGGACCCCCGCGAGGCUCCCGGCCCGUGCGGCCCCUCCCUCGGGCGGGGCGGGAGGGGCAGACUGUGCCUUAAGGUGGGGGGCGGGGAUGGUCGCGGGGUGGGCGGGGGGCGGGGCGGCCCCGAGAGCCCAGACCCCGGCCUGGGGGAGGGGGCGCACACCGACCAGUCUCCGAGACAGCUGGAGCUACACUCCACCAUUGCCUUCUAGUGCUGCUGCUGUGACCGCCGCGGGGUCGGGGGCCUGGCCCUACCCGGCAAGUCAGUUGUUUUGUUCCUUUGUAAAUAAAAGUAUUUAAUUAG